UCAAAACCAAGCUGGAAUCAAAUACGACCGUUGAAUCUGGAUGUGACUCCCAAAUCAGAAACCUCUGUUUUUGGAUAUCGCCAUGGUCAUCUUAUCCCUCGUUUCUUGUUCCGUUUCCCUCUUCUCACCGCCUAUUAGUCUCCGGCUUCAUCUCCCUCGUGUUACAUCCCUCUACUCCCAUGGAAGCUUCCCUGCUUCUUCAUUUAAAACUGAGCUACGACCGUUGCUUGUCUGCUGCUUAGAUCGUCGAGACACCGCUCUUAUUCACCGAUGUAACUGCCUCACUUCUACGGUUGAUGGCCAAACUCAAAUAGAGUCUCUGUUUUCGCUUUUCCGAGAUAUUGGGUUUGCAGAAGAAGAAACAGUGAUGAUUCUGGCGAAGAACCCAGAUGUAAAGUCGACGCCUUUGGAUAAGAUCAGCGCUCGUGUCGCUUCUCUUCAGUCUCUGAAACUCGAUGGCUUUGCCCUUCAAGGUUUGAUUGCAAAGUGCCCUACUUUAUUAACCUCAGAAGAGUUAGAUCUCGUUAUCACAUUCUUAGCUGAUGAGCUCGAAGGAAGGCUUGACCCUGAGCUAGUGGAACGCAUACUCGCUGUGUCAGACACUUCUUUCUUGCUUAGUUUUAAUCAGAAGGUGAGGUUACUUAUCCAUCAUGGGAUCCCAAAGGAAAAGAUCUCUCACGUAUUGAGCAAAGUGUAUUUGAGUAAACUCAUGUAUCAGAAAUCAGUUGAAGACAUUGAGAGAUUGAUUAGUUACUUGGAGCCUUUUGGUGGAAUCGGUAUCAUUGCGAGGAGACCAGUUAUCCUCAACAGUGACUUGGAUACUCAGUUGAUUCCUAGGGUUGAGUUCAUUAGGAAUCUCAGCGGGGAAGAUGACUUCGCCACUGGAACUGUUCUACGUAGACUCCCUGCUAUACUGAGUUACAGUGUUGACCAUAUGAACAGCCACGUUGAGUUUCUAAAGUCUUUUGCUGGCUUGACGAGCGAGCAAGUGUUUAAGAUUGUUCAUGUGUUCCCUAACGUGAUCAGCACUAGUAAAGAGAGGAAACUGAGGCCAAGGAUAGAGUUUCUGAAAGAGUGCGGUUUUGAUUCCCCGGGCAUGUUCAAGUUCUUGAGUAAAGCGCCGUUGUUUCUAGCUUUAUCAGAAGAUAACCUCUCGCACAAACUCGGGUUGCUGGUGAAGAUUGGAUACAAGCAUAGAACAAAGGAGCUGGCGUUUGCGAUGGGAGCUGUGACCAGAACAAGCUCUGACAAUAUGCAGAGGGUGAUUGGCCUCUACUUGAGUUACGGUCUUUCUCUUGAAGACAUUUUGGCUAUGAGCACAAAGCAUCCUCAAGUCCUGCAGUAUAAUCAUUCUUCUUUAGAGGAGAAACUGGAGUAUUUGAUCGAGUACAUGGGUCGUGAAGUGGAAGAGCUUUUGGCUUUCCCUGCGUUUCUUGGGUACAAGCUUGAUAGUAGGAUCAAGCACAGGUAUGAAGAAAAGUUGAAGAGCAGAGGUGAAAACAUGUCUCUUAACAAGCUUUUGACAGUUUCAGCUGAAAGAUUCUCUAAGACUGCAGAUACUAGUGUUGAAGUGAUUUGCUUGUGAUUUGAGUUUAUUGAGAACUUACAAUAAGUUAAAAGCUGAGAGUUUGUAUAUCACAGUUUCUCACUUGGAUAUCAAGAUUAAAAACUUUAUUUGCCUUGAUUUUAUACUGUUUAGCUAAGAUAUUUUAUGUAUAUGUUCCUUAAUGUUUUUUGCUCAAAGGUUAGUCAGUGCAACAAUUAAU